AUGGAAACAUUCUCCACAACACCUACAAAAACCUGGCUUAAAGCCUUGAAUAUGGAUCACAUAUACGAUGUAUUUGAAAGGCAUGGUUUCACAACUGUUGGAAGUCUGAAAGAAAUGCGUGAUGAAGAUCUGCAAUUGAUGUUUAGCACUCCUAAUAAAUUAAAACUUGGCGAGCAAAGAGUUUUGGAAGCCAGACUUUGUGCAUUGAGAAAGGUAAAAGCAUAUAUAUAUAUAUAUAUAUAUAUAUAAUAUAGUCUUGUGGUUUAUAGUCUGUGGCUAAUUUUCAUUCGUAAAUAUCUGCAUUUUAAAGCAUUAAAGUAAUCGGCAUCUUUAUUUGCAUAAACCUUCGGCUUCGUACGUUUGAUCAACGUUGCAUGUUUCAGUAAACCCGUUGAAUAAUAAUUUUUUUACGUUACGUAGGAAAAUGUUCCGUUACACGAGACAGAAACAUUACCAUUGGAACAGGUAUGCUAUUUGCAAUACUUCAAAUCUAUAUUUUGAAUGAUAUAAUCAACUUUGUAAGAUAAAAAGUUUAAACAAAUUCACUGCAUGGCUUGACUAUCACACUAUUAAUUAUUGUGUUUGUACACUUGUAACUGUAAAUGUAGGCGUCUAACUCUGGCACUAGUGUUGAUGCACAUGGACGCAACAGCAACAUUAUUGCUAAUAAAGCAGCAGAGUUCGAAGUGAAGAAUCAAGACCUAUCAAAUAAAUUGGAGUCCUUACAGGAAGAGCUACACUUGCUUCAACAACCUGUGAAAGAACUGGAACCCUUAGGACGAAGUGCGACAGUUUGCGGAAAUUGUCAUCAUAAGGGGCACAGAAACGACGCUAGACACGCUUGUGAGUAUGUAUCAUGCGUUGGGUUUCAUUAUUGUGGACAAAAAAAAUUACACCCAGAGCAUACACAAAAAGUAAGCGAUAUUAAAAGGCAAAUAAAGAAGUUGGAAAAGGAUAUUGGUAAAGCUAAGGAGUCGUUGAAAGUCGUAUCAGAAUUUGAAAGUAAGUCUGAAGCUUAUUUUUUUCAAGAAAUGACACCACGCCUGAAAAUACUUGAUUGGAACCGUUACCAAAACAAAGCAAAUUUGUUUAAAGAUCUUAGAAUACUGCAAACUGCUUUCAAUUGUAAAGUCCCCACGAAAAGUGCAGAUGACAAGAUUUUUUUAAAAAAACGCUCUCCAGCGUGA